CAGAGAUACCGGGUUUCAGAGAGACACUAUGCCGCAAUUCAUGGUGUACUUCCCUCAUGCGUCAACUCGACGAAGUGAGAGCGCGAAAGUCAGCGAUUCUUUGGAAGGAAAUCCUAGUCGCGAGCACUGUGAGCUGUUUGUAUAGGAGUCAGCACCGUCCGGGAGGCGGUGUAAUGCGAAGCUCCUCGCUCGAUGAGCGGCGAGCGCAGGGAAGCUCUAGUGUCAUGUCACCCUGGACGCCGGAAGCUCAGCCUCUGCAACCACGCCGAGCGCCAUUGCCGCUGCAUCCACGCAUCGACAGAGUACACGGAUGGUCUCAGGCCCAAACAGGGCAUUCACGAUCUGGGCAUUCACGAUCUGGGCAUUCACGAUCUAGCGAUGCCGUACUCGAGCUCGAACGAGAUCUCCGACAGCGACUCAAUGCUGCAGCGGCCUUCUAUGUCGCCGACGUCCUUUUGAGAGUCUCACGCCAGGUGCUUUUCGCGGAGCGACGUGAUCGCGUACAAAAAGAGAGCUGUUGAAGGGAAGCGCCAGCAUGCAAUCGACCAUCCGGGCUUCCGGUACCAGCCACGCUAGAUGCAGGUUACGUAGACGCGAAUGCAGCAGCUCGUCACGCUCGAACCUCGCAAAACCUCCCGCAAAAAGCCCUGAAUUGCGUAGACUACACGUGAUAGCAUAGUGAAGGCGAUUAUCAAAAACCAAUGCUCUACAGCACACCUAGACCUUCACUCCUUCCCUCAAUUUCAAUCUGACCAUCAUUGGCGGCUUCUUCCAAAUGAAGUAUGUCUUCAUGCCCUUUGUCCAUUCCUUGCUUUCUGGCAGCAGUUCCCAAUCAAAAUGCCACACAAACUUUGCUAAUGCUAUCCGCAUCUCAAGGUAUGCUAGAUUGAUGCCGAUGCAAGAGCGCGGGCCAAUCGAGAAUGGAUUCGAUGCUGCCUUGUUGUCAUCUCUGAACUCGGGAGGGCAAUCAUCGCCCUUCAGCCAUCUCUCGGGAUGGUAUUCUGCCGGAACAUUGAAAUACCUGGAGUCACGCGCCAUCGGAUAGUUCUGCGACGUCACACAUACACCAGCUGGGAUAUAUUGGCCAUCGACUGUAGCGCCUGGCGAGACUCUCAACGCAUGUGACGGAGCUGGAGGGAAGAGUCUCAAAGCUUCCUCAAUGCAGCCAUGCAGGAAAGGUAAUUUGGCCGGGGUAGUCGAAUCGCCCACGAUCUGGUCCGAAGAAGUAAAAGCACCUCGUACCUCAUCCUGGAGCCUCUUCAACGCUUCUGGAUAAUGGG